AUGGUUGGCAACUAUUCCGAGCUUCAACAUCUAAGUCUCUUUGGUAACAACUUUAUUGGAAGUAUACCCCAUGAGAUUGCAACAGAUAUUGCAGGUGAAAUUCCUAGGGAAAUCAGCAAUCUUCGUGAUUUGCGACCUUUCGGGACAUCUUCCGUCGAGCACCGCGUAUCGGCUUCCGAGACUUACACUCCUAGUCCUAGCUCAGAACAAACUCACUGGCAAGCUCCCCAGCUGCAUCACCAAUGCUUCGACACUCAAGGACAUAGAACUCGGCCACAAGUCGUUUUCCAGCUCUCUUCCGAAUCUUUGUGGCAUAUAAGCAUUGAAUCUACUGCGUACCGUGGUGUCUUUCCAGCUUCGAUAGGGAAUCUCUCGAACUUGCUUUUAUACUUUUACGCAGGCGGUUCCGGACUAAAGGGUAACACUCUGAUGGAAAUUGGAAACUUGAGCCGUGUGAUAGAGUUCUCGGUUUGGGACAAUGGUUUGGUUGGACCUAUUCCAGCAGUUGGAAGAUUACAGAGGCUUGAAGGUUUGUUUCUGAAUGGAAGUAAACUGCAGGGAUCGAUCCCAAACGACACUUGUGAGUUAAAGAUGAUAUAUAAAAUAUCACUACAAAGUAAUUUACUUGAUGGGUCAGUGCCAGCAUGCUUUGAUAAUUUGACUGCUUUAAGAUCUCUGAACUUGGAUUCCAACAAACUAAUUUCCAACAUUCCAUCGACCUUGUGGAGACUUUCGAAUCUGUUGGAACUCAAUUUGUCAUCGAAUUUUCUCAGAGGCUCUGUCCCGUUAGAUGUUGGGAACUUAAAGGAUCAAAUUCCUGAUUCUUUUGGCCAUUUAAUGAGCUUGGAGUUCUUGGAUCUCUUGAGAAACCGCCUUUCUGGAGUGAUUCGUAAGUCCAUGGAGUCAUUCGGAUCAAACGAAGCUCUUUGCGGUUCGCCUCGACUUCACGUGCUACCAUGCAAAGCUGGCUCCGAUCACCGAUCAGAGAAGGUUUCGGUUCUUGUGCUGAAGUGCAUCUUACCAGCUAUAGUAUCUGCAAUGUUGCUGGUGACCCUUAUAAUCAUCCUUUUGAGAAGCCGUAAAUCGAAACCAAAGGUCCCGAUUCGAAAAACUCCGUUGCCACCGGCAACAUGGAGAAGGAUUUCUUACUACGAGCUUCGAGUUGCAACAGAUGGAUUCAAUGAAAGCUGCUUGAUUGGUACCGGAACUUUUGGCUCGGUUUAUAAAGCCGUAAAAGUUUUCGACCUACGUAUCGAUCGAGCAUUCCUGAGUUUUGAGUCUGAGUGUGAAAGACUCAACAUAAUGAUCGAUGUCGCAUUGGCUCUUGAACAUCUUCUUCAUCAUGGUCAUCAAACACCGGAGAUCCACUGCGAUCUGAAACCCGAAAAUGUCUUACUUGACGAAGAUAUGGUAGCUCAUGUGGGUGACUUCGGGAUCGCCAAGCUCUUAGGAGAAGAAGAAUCCAUGAAACAGACCAUCACAAUGGCCACAAUUGGUUACAUGGCACCAGAAUAUGGAACAUCAAGGAUCGUUUCUACCGAAGGCGACGUCUAUAGUUUCGGCAUAUUACUUAUGGAGACGUUGACACGAAAGAAGCAGACCGAUGAAACGUUUACCGACGAAUUGAGCUUGACGGAUUUGGUGAAGGAGUUGUUUGAUUCACUAACUAACGUUAUCGAUGCAGCUAUACUCCAGGAAGGGGAGGUACAUCUCAGUGCAAAAACAAGUUGCAUAUCGUCAGUGCUAGAAUUGGCCUUGGAUUGUUCAGCAGAGUCGCCUAAGAGGAGGAGAAAGAUGGUAGAUGUUGUGGCCAACUCAAAAAGAUCAAAACCAGGUAUCUAA